AACUCGCUAAACCCUAAAACCCAAAGCUGCUCCUCUCCUUCCUCUUCCUUCCCCGCUUCGCCUCCACACACAAAUCAACCAAAUUCGCCGCCAGCCACCGCGGCCAUGGCGAUGGAUUUGGACGCGCCGCUCGCCGCGGAUAAGGGCGAGGUGGCGCUGCAGCAGCUGCGGGACGCCGACCCGGCCGUCUACCUCUCCCCGUCCGCCGACCUAGCCGCCGCCGCCCGGGCGGCCCUCAAGCACCUCCACUCCUCGCUCGCCGUUGCCUCCCCCGUGCAGCCGCCGCCGCUCCCAAACCUCCUCGCGGGCCCCAACUUCGACGCCGAGCAGAUUUGGUCCCAGAGCGAGCUGCUCUCCGCCCCCCUCCUCCCCCACCUCCACCGCCAGCUCCGCCGCCUCGAGCAGCAGCCGCCUUCGCAUCCGUCGCCGGCUCCUCCGCCGUCCAAGUCCGCUAAAUCGGAGGAGGAACCGUCGGACGAAUCGGAGGAGGAUGGAGAGGGCGACGAAUCGGAGGAUUUGGACGAGGAUGAGAUGGAGGGCACGGACGAUGAGUUGGAUUCUGCGGAGGAGGAGGAGGAAGAAAAGGAGGAGGUGAAAGGUAGGGCCGGUAAUGGGGUGGAGGACAAGUUCCUAAAGGUAAAGGAGCUUGAAGAUUUUCUAGCGGAUGCGGAGGAACAGGAGUAUGGUGGUUCCAAGGGAGGCGAGAAAAAGAAGGGAACCGUGGACUGGAUGGAGGACGAGAGUGAUGAGGACAUGGACCAAGGUGGCGAUGAUGGAGAAGAAGACGAUGACGAUUUGGAUUUGGAAGAUUUUGAUGACGAUGAUGAUGAAGAGGAUGGAGGAAAAUCUGGUGGAGAUAUAAAGUAUGAGGAUUUUUUUGAGGAAAGCCAUAAGCAACAAGGCAAGAAGAGAAAUAGUUCCACAAAGAAAGUCCACUUCAAGGAUGAAUUACAAGAAAUGGAAGGGGAUGACAGUGCGAAUGAUGAUGUAAAGGAUGUUCCAACAUUAGAGGAUGAACAGGGUCUUUCAACUCAUGAGAAGGAUGAACAGGGACUUUCAACUCAUGAGAAGGAGCGCCUGAAGAUGCGUGCUAAAAUAGAGCAAAUGGAGAAAGCUAGUCUUGAUCCCUGUGCAUGGACCAUGAAGGGAGAGGUUACUGCUUCCAGCAGGCCCAAAAAUAGUGCCAUUGAAGUGGAGCUUGAUUUUGAACAUAAUGUGAGACCUGCCCCAGUAAUCACAGAGGAAGUCACAGCUUCUCUAGAGGAGAUGAUAAAGAAAAGAAUUGCAGAGGAUAAUUUUGAUGAUGUUGAAAUGCCUUCAAUCUUGUCAUCUAAAGCUCCAAAGAAGCAAAAGGAGAUGGAUGAAAACAAGAGCACGAAGGGUCUUGCUGAACUUUAUGCGGAUGAUUAUGCACAAAAAGCUGGCCUUGCACCUGCCACACUUUCUAUUUCAGAUGAACAGAAGAAAGAGGCAAAUGAUUUAUUUAAGAGGAUAUGCUUGAAGUUGGAUGCACUCUCUCAUUUCCACUUUGCCCCGAAGCCGGUCAUUGAGGAUAUGUCUAUACAAGCAAACGUACCUGCUCUAGCAAUGGAAGAGGUCGCACCUGUAGCUGUUUCAGAUGCGGCGAUGCUUGCUCCUGAAGAAGUUUUUGAAGGGAAAGGCGAUAUUAAAGAAGACACAGAGCUCACACAAGCUGAGCGCAAAAGAAGAAGAGCUAACAAGAAAAGGAGAUAUGCAGAAACACACAAGGACAGGCCAGCCAAGUUGCAGAAAAACUCAGAUAUGUAGGAAGCUGCCUUGUCUGCUAUUCCAAACAUUUGGAGCUGGAGGGAGGUCCAGCCCAGCCCAACAGUGCAGAUACCCUGUUUUUGCCAUAGCAAUACCUUCUUUGUUGCAGUUUGAUGUCAG